AUGCACGACUUUUAUGCUGACGAUCAGGGACGGUAUCAAACUGCGGGACACAUGUCAGAAAAUGGGCAAUUGGCCAGUGCACACCCGCCUGCUUACGGAUCAUGGAAUGGAGAUGCCAGCCCAUACUCUAAAUGGGACCCGCGAGGAUGGUCCUUAAAGAACAAGAUCUUUCUCGCACUAGGCAUCAUUGUCGUGAUCGUGGCGAUCAUUGUGGGCUCAGUCCUGGGAGUGAGAGCCAAUCGCUAUCCCAACUACUCCAAGCUGGACUACACCUUGCAAGAUACCUUUUCAGGAUCGUCUUUCUUCGAUAACUUCGAAUACUUUACGGGAACCGAUCCAGCCAAUGGAUUCGUUCAAUAUAUCAGCCGAGCUAAUGCUCAAUGGCUCAACCUCACUUAUGCUAGCAGUGAAUCGGCCGUCCUCAAAGUGGAUACGACGUACAGUGGAUCACAGGCCGCUAGCGGACGCCAAUCCGUGAGGAUAACGUCGAACAACACAUACGCUGAUGGUCUCUUUGUUUUCGACAUUCUACACACUCCUUACGGAUGUGGAACAUGGCCUGCUUUGUGGCUCACGGACCCCAGCAAUUGGCCCGAGCAUGGAGAAAUCGACAUCGUUGAAGCUGCGAAUGGCGGAACAUUUGGCAACCAAGCAACCCUCCACACAUCCGAUGGGUGCUCGAUGGGCGUGAAGCGGAAAGAGACUGGAUCCGUUCAGAACAAGAAUUGUUACUACAAAGAGAAUGAUUAUUCGGGUUGUGGAGUGACUGGCACUGACAGUACCUACGGUCCCGAAUUCAACAGCAAUGGAGGCGGAGUCUAUGCAAUGGAGCUUCGCAGUGCCGGAAUCCGAGUAUGGCAGUGGGCACGGUCGAAUAUCCCAUCUGAUAUAACCUCGGGAAGCCCCGACCCAUCUACUUGGGGUACGGCCUUUGCAGAUUUCCCAAACACGGAUUGCAGCAUCGGGUCCCAUUUCAAAAACCAGAGUAUCAUUGCUAAUAUCGAUCUGUGCGGUGAUUGGGCUGGUGCGGACAAGUAUUACAAGACUCAAAGCGACUGCCCCAAUACUUGCAAGACGUUUGUCCGAGAUAAUGCAACGAGCUUUACCAAUGCUUACUGGGAGUUUAAGAGCUUCAAGGUUUACCAAUCUAGCUGA